AUGUCUUCCGAAGUCAUUACUGAAUUUGAAAGUCUCCUGGCGAGCAUGCUGGAACUUCGUCCCCCUGGUGUAUCAGGCUCGAAGAUUCGCAGGCUUUCAGAGAUUGCAAUGCAAAAUGUUCAGUCUGAAUCUGUCUUGAUUCAAAAACUAUAUGCCCACUGUAAAAAGGCAGCGCCGAAUUAUAAACUCGGAGCAUUGUACGUUGUCGACGCGAUCGUCCGCGGAUACUAUGAUGAAGCGCGGAAACUCGAGACUGAGCCAUCUGCUUCGUCGCCUGAGGGAACACCAGCUGCCGCAGUGUAUCAUAUAUCCGAUGUCAUUGACAGCUUGAUUGUCGACAGUACUUCAGCACCAGCUGAUCAAAAGGAUAAAAUCGUCAAGCUGAUUGAUAUCUGGGAGCGUGCGAGCACGUUCUCGCCUCAAUUGCUCGAGACUCUCCGGAGCCAUUUCUCAAAGUCAAGCUCCACCACUCCACCACGCCCGCCUCCUGCAUAUCUUGUUGGAGCUGGAAACGGCAGCGCACCAGCGUCAUCAGCUGCUGCUCCCCCCUCGGCUCCUGCUCCGUCGACAUCCUCCAUCCUCGAGGCUUUAUCUAGCAUAUCCAAGCCGAGCAGCAGUGCUCCUGCACCCGCUCCUGAAAAGCCUGCCGGCACUCCAUCUCUCCAAGAUAUCAUCUCGUCGGCGACCGGAAAUACCAGUCACCCGCCUCCGGCUCCGGCGCCGGCUCCCAAGCUAGAUUUGGCCAGUUUGCUGUCGAGCGCUACGCAAGGUGCUAUUCCUCCAGCUCCUGCUACCUCGAGCGCCCCUCCCGCUCCUGCUGCUCCCGAUAUGGCUUCACUUCUGCCGCUGCUUUCUGGACAGCAGCAACAGCAGCAGUUCCAACAGCCGCCAAUGUCGAUCCCUGGGUUCCCUGCUUUCCAGGCCCCACAACCGCAAGCGCCCACUGGUGGUGUCGAGCAGCAGGUGGCUCUGAUGCAGCUUUUAUUGGCCCAGGGAGUCCCGCUUGCGCAAGUAGCCUCGAUUCUCCAGGCAGCGGGCGGUGCUAUGCAGAUGGCGCAGCCACCAGUGAGCUCGACGCCCUCGUGGCCACCUAUGAACUCUGACAGACGCGAGAGAGAUCGGAGUAGAUCACCGCGCGGCAGACGCUCGCCUGAAUACCGCUCGCGCAGUCCUCGCGGGUACAGAUCGGCUUCGCCUCCGGGACGAACCUAUCCGCGUGCUCCGGUCGAGAAGCGGCCAAGGAACGUGUCGACUGACCCCUCCGUUCCAAGAGGCUGCAUCCGGGUUCUGAGUCGCACGCUGUUUGUCGGAGGUGUUCCGGUACACAUGUCAGAGGAGAAGCUGAUUUCUAUCUUUGAGCAGUGCUGCCCGGUCCAGAGUGUGAUCAUGAACAAGGAUAAGCGAUGCGCGUUCUUGAAGGUCUACUACAGAUCCGAUGCGGAGAUUAUCAAGCGCACGAUGGAGACGUACUCGGAAGAUGACUACACCCUCCGCUGCAGAUGGGGUGUUGGAUUCGGCCCCAGAGACUGCUGCGAAUACGCAACUGGCGUCUCGACGAUUCCCAUCGACCGCCUCACCGACGCCGACAAGCGAUGGGUCACCACUGCAGAAUACGGUGGCACCGGUGGACAGCGAUUGGAAGAAGGUCUGGUGAUUGAAGAGCCAGACAUCGAGAUUGGCGCCGGAGUAUCAAGCAAGGCAAUCAGUCGGCGCAUGCCUACGAACCAGGGCGGCGAUAUGGGACCCAAGUCAUCGGCGCCAGACUCCUUUGGCGCGAGAGGCGGCGUGAGACGAGGGCGAAGACGUUAG